GUUGCAAACGCUUUUCAAAGACCAACUCGACCGAUCCAAGGCAACGUGUUCCUUUAAUCAAUGUGAUCACUUUCUUCUUUUGCAGCUUGUGGGUUUGAAGGCGGAGUUAUUCCGGAAACAAGAGGCACUCAGGAAAGAACGACUUCAACAGAAUUCUACUACAGUCAAGGCUAAACCUGUUCCUAAGGGUGGACUAUGUGGACACCUUAGGACGCUCCAGACGCUGUAUGAAGAAAGAUCUUCUUGAGCGCAUCAACAUGGAUAAACGUCUUAAUCCUCAGGCGUUUAGGGAGAAGGACCACAGAGAGAAAUCUAUGAAGCAAGAAUCACUGCCAGAUCUUCUCUCUAGCGACAUGCAUCGGGAGAUGAUGAGGAAGAAAUGGGAGGCAGAGGAGGAAGAAAUGAGGAGCCGAGGUCCUGGGCCUCUUCACGACCAGAACAUCAAGUUUGAUGAGGUGAGAGAGAUGGGUGUCGGCUGCUUUGACUUCUCAAAGGAUGAGGGAGAGAGACAGAGUCAGAUGGAGAUGUUGAGUCAUCUUAGAGACGAGAAGAGUCGCAAUGGGACAGGGUGAAGAAGCAAGUACAUGAAGAGCGCCCUCAAGAGUUUGCUCCUCCACAGCAGUACAACUGGAUGAUGCCAUCGAUGAGACAAACUCCAAAGAAGAAGAGCAAGUUUGCGUCCACAGAAAGUUGCGACGACACGCUUAACACGUCAAAACAGCCGCAGGAGUUCGCUCCUCCUAGUAAUUCUGCAAAGUGGAACAUGAGACAGGGUUUGUCUGCAAGUACUUCGUUAGAGGCCAAGAAAUCUAAGGAUCAAGGCAGCAGGCUGGGGAAUCGAACCAAGAACCGCAAAGAACUGGAGAAGAUUUCUGCCGUGGAGGUAGCCUGAUCGUCUGACGUCAUUCUUCAAGGCUCGUGAAUAACACCAGAGAGCGGCCAAAAACCGGCGUGUAGUUGACCUCUGACC